ACAAGAGGAAUAACUCACGAUAUCUAAUGUCAUUGUCAUUCAUCCCAAAGUGUCAGCCCAAAAACUUAGAAUGAUUCAAUGAAGUAUCGCCAUCAACAAGAUGCGAAGGGCGUUGAAGGUGCCCCUCACAAUAUGGGGAAAGACAACAAUCAAGUCGUUUUUAAAUCUCUCUGUUAUUUUUCCACGGCACAGUUCCUCGGCUUCAGUUGUAAACCCUGAAAAGAAUGGGACUACUUCUAGAGAUAGUAACGGCAAAACUAAUGAUGGAGCACAGCCAUUAUUUGAUGGUCCUUUAGAUGUGUACCUUAGUAAAAUCAAAAGUGGUGAGCUGAACUCUGAUGCCCAGCAGAAGAAUGUUGUUGAGCGACUUCAGGCUUUGCACAGAGAGUUGGAGACGUACCAACCUGCAGGGAAACAGAAAACCUCUUGGUUAAAGAGAGUAAAGGAAAAUAAUGUUGCAGUUAAGGGCCUUUACUUACAUGGAAGUGUAGGUACGGGAAAGACGAUGCUUAUGGACAUGUUUCAUGAGACCAGCAAUGUGGCCCGCAGAGAAAGAGUCCACUUUCACAAGUUUAUGUUGGAUGUUCAUAAACGAAUUCAUCGACUGAAACAAAGUCAACCCAAGAUUUCGACUACCCUGGGGACACAGCCGUUUGAUGCUAUUGGCCCUAUUGCAGUGGAGAUAAGUGAGGAAGCCUGGUUGUUGUGUUUUGACGAGUUUCAGGUGACAGAUGUUGCUGAUGCCAUGAUUCUGAAAAGACUCUUUACUGAACUUUUUAAAAAUGGAGUUGUUGUAGUGGCUACUUCCAACAGACACCCUGAUGAUUUGUACAAGAAUGGCUUACAAAGAGGAACUUUCUUGCCUUUCAUAGACAUCUUGAAAAAAUAUUGUGAAGUGAUCCCUCUAGAUUCUGGUAUUGACUACAGAAGGUUAAGCUUACCAGCAGAAGGGAAAGUGUUCUUUGUAGGUUCCAAACAGCAGACAGAUCCUCAUAUUGAUGCUGUGAUAGAGGAAUACAAGCAAAUACAAGGAACAGAGCGAGAUCUGAGGACACUGACCAUACUGGGAAGAAAGCUGGUGCUACCUGUGACUUACGGACGUGUGCUUGAUACGAGUUUUGACAGCAUGUGUCGCAAGAACCUUGGUGCAGUUGAUUAUCUGGAAAUCAGCAAUGAGUUUGAUGUGGUCAUCUUGCGUGACACGCCCACUAUGAACUUGAGCAAUCGCACGGAGGCGCGGCGGUAUAUCACCCUCAUUGACACUCUGUACGAUAAUAAGGUGAAACUGGUGAUGAGCUCAUCAUCUCCCAUACAAGAGCUCUUUUCUGUUGGAGAUUUGAGUAGUCAUGACGCCGAGGCCAACAUGGCUCUCAUGGAUGACCUUGGAAUUAACGCAAAAUCGGAACUUGCUAGAUCCAGCAUUUUUACGGGCGAGGAGGAGUUAUUUGCCUUUGAACGAGUUGUCUCUCGGCUUACAGAGAUGCAGACGAAGGAGUACUGGGAUUUUGACCGUCACGCCAAGUCCUCCGCUACUGGAAGCACUCAGUCAAGGUCAAGCUCGCAAAAAUCUUGAUGAUGGCCCCUUUGCUUAGUUGGAUCUAUGUGCAAAGUUAUUGGUUUAUGUGGGGUUAGGGAUUGUUUAAGAGACACAGACUGUGAUAGUAGAAUUUUCUUGUCUUUGUAAUGCCUAUAUUUCAUAGCAUUGCAGAUAUAUAUUUUAUUUUGAAGCAGUCUGUCUUUUGUCCUAAGUAUAUCUAUGUCUUUUUUUCCCUGGCUGUCGCCCUCUCUGCGUGUUUCUGUCUGUCUGUCAGUUUGUCCAAAGUCUAUUACAAUAAGUCUCUUAUCCUCUUUUUCUUUUCUUUCCUCCUCCCUAUAGCCCAUUAUUUUUAUCUUUCUGGCUGUCUUUUUCUUUCUCUCUCUCUCUCUUUCUCUGACUUUCAGACAAUGUCUUCCACAAUGUGUUGAGGAGCACGCCGUCCAAUAUAUGCAAGUGCGUCUUUGUGUGAUGCUUACAUCCUAUUGUGAACUGAUUGUUCUUUGGUUUGAAGGUUGUCCAGGUGGUUCUUUCUUGGCGGUGGUCUGAAGUUGGCCGGUAUUAUCUUGUGGAGGCAGCAAUAUUAUGUACUAGCAGAGUCUAGAUUUUCUGUUUUUUAGGCUGUUUUUUUUUUUAUAACAUGUCUCAAUCUGUGAUCAGAGAUUGUCCUAAAGUUGGGGACUAAUGUUGUAGCGAAUUUUUUCCUAAACCUGUUUUUAUGCAUUGAGUGGUAAAUUCUUUUAGAUUCUCAUUGUUUUUCUCUCACUUUAACCUCUCUUAUUUUAACUUAUUCUUUGCUGGUAUUUCUCAGUGUUUCGCAACUCUGCAAUCUUUCUGUUACGAUUUUCUUGUCAACUUAAUUCUUGCCUGUUGACGUCGAUGUCAGACUGAACCCAGCUGUUUUUUAAAAUGGUUUCAAAUUGAAAUUUGCAGUUCUUCCUCUUCCUCUCUUUACCCUUGUCCCAUACUUAGAAUCACACUCUUGCCUCUUUCUCAACUCGUUCCUCUCACUUCUGAUCUGAAACCUGAGUCUCCCACCUUAAGCCGGCUUUACAAAGCUUUAUUUGUUUAAAAAUCUAGAACAUUUUACUUUAUCUAACAAGAAUAGCUAGUUAAAUAUUUUGUUUUGUAUCGCCGUGAAUAUCUCCCAUUUAUGUAUUUAGAAAAUUUCGCUGCUGAGGAUGGGGUCAUGGCUUAUUUACACCAAUGUGUUUUGACGAAUUUAUUAUGUCGAUAAAAAGAUAUAGUUUAACAAUUGACUUCAGUAGAUGACAGUCUAGAAAGUUUGUUCUGUUUUUUUGCCUGCCAGCCAUUUCACAUUUUCUCAACCAUUUUAAAGGAUUUUUCUCAGUUUCUUUACGUACCGCUCAAGUUUUGGAGAUUGAUGGAAUUAUUGUUGACUUGGUUAAUUGUUACGUUCUUACUUAAUUUGCUUUAUUUAAUUACUUAAAUCUUUUUUUCAAGUCUGUGUACCGAAGCAAGGGAAUUGUUAAAAUCCAAUUCUCAGUUGCCUUGGAACUUCCUAGAAAUUUUCCUUUUGAAAAA